AUGGAGGGUUUGCCGUGGUUGGUAGGAGGAGAUUUUAAUAUCUUCCUCUCUGAGGAGGAAAGGCAGGGGUCGAAUAAGAACAGAGUAAAGGAAAUGGUGGAAUUUGCUGAUGCGGUUAAUGACUGUCAGCUGCUAGAGCUUGGUUCCGAUGGUGCUAAUUUUACGUGGGCCAGAGGAGACAUCUUGGAAAAACUUGAUAGAGCUUUGAUCGGAGAGGGAUGGCUUCAUUUGUUCUCGGAGACUAGAGUUACAAAUCUACCUAGGGUGAUGUCGGAUCAUAGUCCGCUGCUCAUUCAAUGCAGGUGUCCAGGUCCUCUGGUGCGACCACCGUUCAGGUUUCAAAAUAUGUGGGUGAGGCACCGUUCUUUCCGGGAGGUGGUGAAGGAGAGUUGGAAUAUACCAAUUGAAGAAAGGGGCCUAGUGAAGUUGCAGGUUAAGCUCAGUCGGUUAAAGAAAUGCUUGAAACUGUGGAACAAAAAUGGUUUUGGCAAUAUCUUUGAAAAACUAAAGCUGGCAGAAGAAGAAGCUCAAGAAGCUCUUAAAAGGUUUGAACAAAAUAAGACCCCUGAAAACCGGGCUGAGAUGAAUAGGACAGCGGCUGAGCUGAUCCUUAGAGUUAAAAUGGAAGAAGAUUACUGGAAGCAAAAAGCGGCUAUACGUUGGUCGGUCGAAGGGGAAAGAAAUUCAAAGUUCUUCCAAGGAUGGGUGAAAUACAAAAGAUCUAAAGCUAGGAUCUUCUCGAUUGAGGAGGGGGAUCAAACUCUGACGGAGGAUGAAGAUAUCAGAGCCUCAGCCGUUAACUUUUUCCAGAAGCUGUUGUCUUCAGAUGUAGAUAAGCUAGUGGAACCAGAUCUGGACAUCUUGUCAUCUAUUCCAGCUGAGGUUAAUAUGAAUGAGUUGGAUAAGACGCCAUCGAUAUAG